GGUGGGGAUGGGACGCGAGGGGUCACGUCAAAGCGGCGUAGACAAAGGGCGGGUGCGCGCACGUCUUUACGCACGCCUCGGCCGGCGGCGGCGGCCAAGGGCGGGAGGUAUCGUCCACGGAGGCAUUGGGAGCCCCGGAGCCUCGCGGUCGGAAUUUAUCCUGAAGAUAUAUUUAUAUUGCAUGUGCAUUUGGUGUGCUAAAUCAUGUAUGCACAUGGUUAUUCAUUACAUUAUUUAUAACAACAAGAAAGUGGAAGCAUUGGUGUCCAACCUAAGGAAACCAGCUAACUAACUUAUGCUUUGGCAGCGUGUAAGCAGCUUCUUGCCAAGAACCCAGGUCACCGCUGCGAAGGGGGCCUUAGGGAGAAGAAUAUCCAGAGGAAACCAAUGCCAGACACGUCUGGAGUUACGCUCAACGCAGGCAGCAUGAGACAUUCUGUGCCAGCAUCUGUGUUCUGCUGGCAAAGACUGUAGCUCUCCAGGUUGGAGGGUCCUGGAAGCAGCACGCACCAGGAGCCUCUAGAGGAAGAAUGGGGCCAGAUGUGAACUCUCUACAAUGAAUACAGUUUUCAGCUUAUGAAGGAGUUUUAAGUAAAACAAUUAUUUAAUUUCCACAUAUUCAAGUUCAAUAGCCUUCUGUGUGAAGUGCCAGCAGUCACCCCCCCUUCCACAGAAGUUAUCAGGAUUGUUCUGGCACCACGUUGAACUCUUCUUGGUACUUCUGGCAAUGACAGAUCUUCAGGACAGAUUUAUCUGCUAAAUGCUCUUGAGCAGGAAAGAAAAAGUAAAACUUCUGGAGGGAGUGGAAGGGUAGCAGAGCAGAGAUCCCUCCCUCACUACUCACUUUCACAGAAACUCUGCCUGGACUCGGAUGCUUGUACUGAAGAUUGGUCCUGCUUCAUUCACCUCAAAAGUCCAUCUAUUCUGGGGAGAGCUGGCAUUUUCGGGCUGCCUCCUGUGGCCCUUUUUACUGUCCUUUUGUCCCCAGGCAGUCAAACGAUGUGAACUCGGAACAGGGUUUGCUAUCCUAUGGGGACUUGCUCUUUUUCCCAGACUGGUGCUGUCUAACAGGACCAUCUGAAGACGGUGGUUUGUUCUUGGGGUGGAGGGCACUGGCUUUGCCUGGAUCCUCCACCAUGUUCCUGUUGCUGCCCUUUGAUAGCCUGAUCGUCAACCUUCUGGGCAUCUCCCUGACUGUCCUCUUCACACUCCUUCUUGUUUUCAUCAUAGUCCCUGCCAUUUUUGGAGUCUCCUUUGGCAUUCGAAAGCUCUACAUGAAAACUUUGUUAAAAAUCUUUGCGUGGGCCACCUUGAGGAUGGAGAGAGGCGCCAAGGAGAAGAACCACCAACUUUACAAGCCCUAUACCAAUGGAAUCAUUGCAAAAGAUCCCACUUCGCUAGAAGAAGAGAUCAAAGAAAUUCGUCGAAGUGGCAGUAGUAGGGCUCUGGAUAAUACUCCAGAGUUUGAGCUCUCUGACAUUUUCUACUUUUGCCGGAAAGGAAUGGAGACCAUUAUGGAUGAUGAGGUGACAAAGAGAUUCUCGGCAGAGGAACUGGAGUCCUGGAACCUGCUGAGCAGAACCAACUAUAACUUCCAGUACAUCAGCCUUCGGCUCACUGUCUUAUGGGGCUUAGGAGUGCUGAUUCGCUACUGCUUCCUUCUGCCGCUCAGGAUAGCUCUUGCUUUUACUGGGAUUAGCCUUCUGGUGGUAGGCACGACCAUGGUGGGAUACCUGCCAAACGGGAGGUUUAAGGAGUUCCUGAGUAAACAUGUUCACCUAAUGUGUUACCGGAUCUGCGUGCGAGCCCUGACAGCCAUCAUUACCUACCACGACAGGGAAAACAGGCCUAGAAACGGGGGCAUCUGCGUGGCCAAUCACACCUCUCCAAUUGACGUCAUCAUUUUGGCCAGUGAUGGCUAUUAUGCCAUGGUGGGUCAAGUGCACGGGGGACUCAUGGGUGUGAUUCAGAGAGCCAUGGUGAAGGCCUGCCCGCACGUCUGGUUUGAGCGUUCUGAAGUGAAAGAUCGCCACCUGGUGGCUAAAAGACUGACUGAGCAUGUGCAGGAUAAAAGCAAGCUACCCAUCCUCAUCUUCCCAGAGGGAACCUGCAUCAAUAAUACAUCAGUGAUGAUGUUCAAAAAGGGAAGUUUUGAAAUUGGAGCCACGGUUUACCCUGUUGCUAUCAAGUAUGACCCUCAAUUUGGUGAUGCCUUCUGGAAUAGCAGCAAAUAUGGGAUGGUAACGUACCUGCUGAGAAUGAUGACCAGCUGGGCCAUUGUCUGCAGUGUUUGGUACCUGCCUCCCAUGACCAGAGAGACAGAUGAAGAUGCCGUCCAGUUUGCAAAUAGGGUGAAAUCUGCCAUUGCCAGGCAGGGGGGGCUCGUGGACCUGCUGUGGGAUGGUGGUCUGAAGAGGGAGAAGGUGAAGGACACGUUCAAAGAAGAGCAGCAGAAGCUGUACAGCAAGAUGAUCGUUGGGAACCACGAGGACAGGAGCCGGUCCUGAGCCCGCGCCUCGCGCUGCCUGGAGCCGCCACUCACAGAUCCCGACCCGCGAGCCAGCUGGACUUGCUGCUGCCGCUGCCCCUGCCGCCCCCACUGCUGCACCCUUUCCAGCUCCGGGGCUCUUCGGGCCAGUCCGGAUCCCAGGACUCCAGCUGCUUCAGAACCGUGCCAGGGAUCCCUGGGCGCAGCGUCUGAAGUGGACGCUACUGGGGGUUGCUACCCAGGAUGAGAUGCCUUCUUGUUUCUUUUACACUAGGUCCGUUGGAGGAAUGCCAUUAAAGUCACCUCUCCACCUGUACACGUGUGGGGCUGAGUGGUUGGGAAGAGUCGGCCACAUUCCUGUGUUCAGGACGUUAGGAUGUCAGUCUGUUACGGAUGCCACAUGCCAGGGACUUUGCUGGGGAAGGGCCCCCCCGGCACUUGUGAGGAGAGGCACUGCUGAGGCAGUGUGACUUGCUUCAGCGUACACAUCACCCCCCGAGCCUUGGAGCUGUGCAGACUGGAUAAGAGGAAAACCGUUGUCUGCGGGGGCUUUCGGCAAAAUGAGAUUUUAAUUCCUAUGCUUCUGCCCACGGGCAGUCACCAAAGGGGAGGCAAGAAGCGAGGUGGACCAGUGACUAGGGCGUGGUGGGAACCAAGAGUCAUUUUGUGUUCAAACUCCAGUGCUAACCCUGAACUCCCAUGCGACUUGCUCUUCGUUAACUCGUGCCUCAGUUUCCCCAUCUAUAACCUGGAUCAGGAGGGGAAGGGUGGUGAUACCUACCUCACAGGGUUGUUGUGGGGAUUGAAGUGCUACUUUGAAGGACAAGUUGCUCAGUGUUACAAGUAUAGGUCCAUGAAAUGUGGCCGGAAAAGGUCUGAGCUCAGAGCUGCUGCAAAGGGCUUUGAGUUUGUUUUUGUGAGUAAAUAAAAUUGUCUUUGAUGGUCAAUUAA